AGGAAACAGUCAGCGAAGCAAAAGGGGCUGACGUUUCGAUGCACCGUAGCAUGCGAUUCGAACUUAUACUUUCUUCAGCAUCUGUUAUAUCAUACCGAGACAGAUAAGCAGGGAACGAAGAAACAGGAGAACAAUAAUUCCAUGUUCGCCAACGAUAAAUCACCGGAGAAACGCACGAACGGUGUGUUGGAGACCAGCAACACGAGUAUGGUUAACACUCCGGACUUAAGCCCGGUGAAAAAUGUGAGAAACGGGGAGGUGGAGGAUCCGGAAGUCCGAAAGACUAAGCGAUGGCCGACCGACAAAGCGUACUACAUAGCGAAGGAGCUGUUGAUGACCGAACGCACCUACAAGAAGGACCUCGACGUCAUAAACGUGUGGUUCAGAGAAGAGGUAUCUCGAGAGACGGAAUUAGAGGGUGAAGCGGUAGUUUCGCUGAUCGAGCUUUUAGCGGACGUCCAUGGGCCGUGCCUCCAAGAAAUGGAGGCCAGAUUGGAACGCUGGGAGAGUAAUGCGCGGCACAACAUCGGCGAUUUUCUCUACAACACCUUGUUGAACGUGCUGCCGCUUUACGAUCAAUAUCUGGAGAACCUAAUACCCGUACUCGAGAAGAUGGAAUAUUAUACGAGGACGUCGAGACGCUUCGAUCAACUCUGCCGCGAUUUCGAGGCGCAGAAACAUUGUUAUCUACCUUUAACUUCAUUCCUUUUAAAGCCGUUGCAACGAUUGUUGCACUACAACAGUAUUAUCGAUAGACUAUUAGACCAUUAUCCGAAGGAUCAUACAGAUUUUGAGGACUGCUUGGCAGCUAGGGAUCGACUGGGAGAAACUUUGCUUGAAGGGCUUAGCAUAAUUAAUCAAGCGGAGAACCUGGUUCAAUUAUGUGAGAUGCAAAGGGACAUCGGUGGUUUCGACAACUUGGUUCAAGAAGGUCGCAGAUUCAUCAGACAAGGCUGUCUGCAGAAAUACAGCCGGAAAGGAUUUCAACAAAGAAUGUUUUUCUUGUUCUCCGACAUACUACUGUACACAUUCCGCACCCAACAAUCGACCCAAUGUUUCCGCGUGCACGGUCAGCUCCCAUUAAAAGGAAUGAAAAUCCGCGAGAGCGACAAUAAAACCGGAUCCGACUACGCAUUCAUGAUCGACGCUCAGGGAAAUCAAUCUUUGACCGUUGCUGCGAGCAACGAGGAAGAAAAGGAAAGAUGGUUGGAGGAUUUGACCCAGGCCAUAGCGCAAGCUGACGCGGAUCCAAAAAUGCCCUACUUGAACCUGAAAUCUUGCAGCUCCGCCGACGAAAUGGGCGACGGUGCGUUGGAAGGGGAGAGAGGAACCUGCGGAGGUGCCAAAGAUUCCCAGCGAAGCAACACCACCGUGCACGUUUGCUGGCACCGAAACACUAGCAUCAGUUACAGUGAUCAAUUACGAGCAUUUCAAAACCAACUCAGCGGAUUUCUGUUGCGGAAAUUCAAGAACAGUAACGGUUGGCAAAAGCUCUGGGUCGUGUUCACCAAUUUCUGUUUGUUCUUUUACAAAUCUCACCGGGACGACUUCCCGCUGGCGAGUUUGCCCCUGCUAGGAUACACCGUGACUACUCCCUCGGAGAAGGAUGGCAUCAACAAGGAUUUCGUUUUUAAACUACAGUUUAAGAGUCACGUUUAUUUCUUCCGCGCUGAGAGCGAUUAUACUUUUGGAAGGUGGAUCGAAGUGAUCCGAAGCGCCACUCAGCAGAGCCACGUGUCGCUGAACUUCAUAGGAAAAGAAGGAUAUUAACGCGUGUACGUCAUAGAGUAUUGAAUCCACGAAGAAACGUUUGGACGUCUACGCCAACGGUUUUAGUUUUAUAAUGUAAUAUUAAAGCGAAGUAAUCUCAAGUUUAUCAGGGAACCUGUACGAACGUAACAUAACUUUGCGGCCUUAUUCGUGAAUUAAAAUCAAAUUACGAUCGAAACUGUGAUCGACAAUCAAAUCGAGUAUCAAAAUGUUUUUUAAACGUUAUAGGCAAAAUCGAAGAAGUGACAGGAGACCUUCAGGUUUUCUUGUACUUCGAAACGAGUAGAUACGCUUGUAGGAUAAUUGGAAUAACGAUUUGAGCGUUCGUUAAACUCGUACAAAUAAUUUGAUACGUACUCGUCGAAGAUUCGUCGUGAAUUAGAUAUUAACUUGGACCAAUUUUAUAACAGUUUCGUUAGCGUGUCUUGCAGAAAGAAAAGACAAUAAUUUUGUUAGCGUAGUUUCUCGUUAUUAAAUGAACGGUAGACUAUUGGUAAGCAUUUUAUAAUUUUACGUUCUUCGUGUUAAUUUUACCGUGAUUCUUUCGAGGCAAUAUUACGUAAAGACUGGCUAUGCAAAACGAAAAGUGCACCAUGCGGGUAAACAUUUCAUGCGAGAGAAUCUACGAGAACGUACGGUAGUUUACACAAGCUCACUCAGCUAUGGAUAAAGUCACCGUACGAUAAAGAGAAGAGUUAUCUGUUUUUUAGUUAUAAUUGUUUUGUUAUAGAAUUUAAUUAAUAAUAUAUGCAUAUAUAUAAAUAUAUAUACAUGUAUAAAGAUCAAAGAAAAUUAGUUUUAUACCGAAAGUCGGACAAGUUUCCGGACGAACAUUGUUCGUGCAUUUGGCGUCUCUCGAAUUGCCAAAUUUGUACGUUUAUUUUCAAAAGCAUCAACGCAACGUUUUAUAACGUAAGCUGCACGUCAUUAUGUAACGGCAUGUAUCGAUAUUUCGCAAUAAACGUACAUACUUUUAA